CGCACCGCGCUGCACUGGGCCUGCUCGGCGGGGCACACGGACGUCGCGGAUCUGCUGCUCGGCUUCGGCGUGCCUGUCAAUGAUAAGGACGAUGCUGGUUGGACUCCCUUACACAUCGCUGCUUCGGCAGGCCGUGACGAAAUCGUGAGAGCUCUCAUCGCUAAGGGUGCCCAUGUGAACGCUGUCAACCAGAACGGCUGCACACCCCUGCACUAUGCAGCCUCCAAAAAUAAGCAGGAGAUUGCAGUCAUGCUUUUGGAGAAUGGAGCAGAUCCAGAUGCAAGAGAUCACUUUGAAUCCACCCCAUUACACAGAGCAGCAGCCAAAGGAAACCUAAGGAUGGUACAGAUCCUUGUGCAGCACAAUGCAACUGUGGAUAUGAGGGACUCUGAAGGGAAUACUCCUCUUCAUUUAGCCUGCGAUGAAGAGAGAGUGGAGGAGGCAAAGCUGCUGGUGUCUCACGGUGCAAGUAUUCACGUUGAGAAUAAAGAAGAGCUGACCCCACUGAAAGUGGCAAAGGGUGGCCUGGGAGCAAUCCUUAAAAGAAUGGUGGAUGGCUAGUGGGGGCUUCCCACUUGAGUCUCUUUCCUGUUGCACUUGUAUUUAAGACUGCAAACUUCAUAUUUUGAUAGUUCAACUAGGAUGUUAUGUGUGGGUAUCAGCAUGGUCAUAAAAUGUUUUUAUUGACGCUUUCCUUCAAGUGCAGUGCCAAAACAACUGUUUGUACUUCCUGUUAAUUAAAUAGUUCACUGGUUUUCAAGUAUUUUUCAAUAUCUUGUAGCUUUCAGUUUAGAGUAUGAUCUGUAUAAAUGUGAUCAUUCCCUCUAUUUGAGAUCCUAGUUUAGAAUUAUUUCUUUCAAGUAACAGGACCAAAAAUGCUUUAGCCACUUAAAGCCAAUUUUCUUUUGGAAGUUUGCUCUAGAGUCUU